AUGCCAUUCGUGAAGGUUGUGAAGAACAAGGCGUACUUCAAGCGCUUCCAAGUGAAGUACCGCCGCCGCCGCGAGGGCAAGACGGACUACCAGGCGCGGCGCCAGAUGGUGCUGCAGGACAAGACCAAGUUCGGGACGCCCAAGUACCGCCUGGUGGUGCGCAUCACGAACCGCGACAUCAUUGCGCAGGUUGUGCUCGCGAAGGUUGUGGGCGACGAGGUUGUGAUGGCGGCGUACUCGCACGAGCUCCCGCAGUUCGGGAUCGAGCACGGCCUGACGAACUACGCGGCGGCGUACGCGACCGGCCUGCUGCUGGCGCGCCGCAUGCUGACGAAGCUCGGCCUCGCCGGCAAGUUCGAGGGGGCGAAGGAGGCGGACGGCUCCUACUCGGCGGUGCGGACGAAGUCCGACGACCAGGGCGACGACGAGGCGCGCUUCCCCUUCAAGGCGAUCCUCGACGUCGGCCUUGCCCGCACGACGACCGGCGCCCGCGUCUUUGGCGUGCUGAAGGGCGCCGUGGACGGCGGCAUGGCCGUGCCGCACCGCCCCAACCGCUUCCCCGGCUUCAACAAGGAGAAGGACUCGCUGAACGCCAAGGCCCACCGCGACCGCAUCUUCGGCCGCCACGUCGCGGAGUACCUGAAGCAGGUGCGGGAGGAGGCGAGCUCGAACCCGGAGGAGAGCACGUGCCAGUUCUCCAAGUACAUCGCGGCCAAGGUCGCCCCCGACGCGCUGGAGGGCAUCUACAAGAAGGCGCACGCCGCCAUCCGCGCGGACCCGAUGAAGCGCCGCGCGAAGAAGGAGCGCAAGGAGGGGGCGGUGGCGAAGAAGUACAACACCAAGAAGCUGACUGGCGCCGAGAAGAAGGCCGCCGCCAAGGCGAAGAUCGCUUCGGUGAUUGCGCGGAUCCGCGACCGCACGUCGAAGUAG